GCCACUAUAGCAGCCCAUCUAAGGUUUUACAGUCGCACUUAAGUGGCUUUUUAUUGAAAUAAUAAAAUAAACAUGUCGCUAACGAAUUAUUAUUCUAUGAUGGGGCUCCAGAGCGACGAGCCGUACGGAGCACACUUCAUCCAGGGAGGUGUGCAGGGCGCGACGGCCAGCUGCUCCAAGCCAGUCCGCGGCGUUGAAGAGGAGGAAAGCCCGGGCUCUCACAUUCCGGAUUUCUCUCAUUUCUCAAACAAACAAACGGGUCUUAACGGCUUUUCUCCGUGGGCGAAUACGUCCUCUUCAUCGUCAUCUUCACCGCAGCUGCAGUCCACUAUCCCGGGGCUUUUCCAUCCACAUCCCCUCCUGAGCCACCAUCACCCGCAGCACGCGUAUUAUGGCCCACAGUCGCACCCCGAGCACCUCGCCCCUGCUGCGGCGUCCGAGAGCAGGUUUGUCCGCUGUUGGGAGGGGGCUACUCCUGCGCAGGAGUCUGCGUUAACGCAGGCGUUCCCCGCGUGUCUCCCCCCGCAAAACGAGCUCUCCAGUCCCACCGUGACGACCUAUGAGGCGGUAAAACCCGAGAGCUCUCCACCGUCCAACCCGAGCCCCGAGGACUCCAGCUUCGCCAGUCCGAACGAGGUGGUCCUCGAACGGCUCGGGACCGCCGAGGAGCUGGGUAGAAAACCGGAGCCCAAGAAGGAGAGCGAGGAGAGGAAAGCCCCGCCGCAGCCGCAGCAGUCUGAGCCCGCAGAAAACCCCUCAGCCAGCUGGAUCCACGCCAAGUCCACCCGCAAGAAGAGGUGUCCUUAUACCAAGCACCAAACCUUAGAGCUGGAGAAAGAGUUCCUCUACAACAUGUACCUGACACGGGACAGGCGCCUGGAGGUGGCAGGACUCCUAAAUCUCACCGAGCGACAGGUGAAAAUCUGGUUCCAGAACAGACGCAUGAAGAUGAAGAAGCUGAUGAUCCGUGAGAGGAGGAGUAUCAACGAAUAAUGGCGUCCGUCGCUAGGGGAGAUGGGAAGAUGGUGACAUUAAAAAACUGAAGUGCCCUAGAAAUGUGCACCAUCAUUAGUAUCACCUGCAGUAGUCAAGGUGCUGCUGUGGCGGAGAAGUUGAUGAUCAAACUGCGGGGGAGACCGGGGUGUGCUGUAACGCUUGUUUUAAUCGUGCUUUAGCUUGUGGUCAUCAGAAGAUUAAACUUGACAUCGCUGUAAAAACAUUUAAAACAGUUAGCUGAAUAGAAUUACUUUUCUAGCAAACAAACCUAGUUUAGUUACGCGAGUGUGACUAUUCAGUUUGUCGUUGUGUGGAAGAGUUUUGUCAAAUUCUUUAGGCUAUAAUAUUCUCUACAUUUAGGAGCUGAAGCUGGCCAUGGGUUUUAGAGCAUGUGAAAAAUCUGCGCCGUUGCCAUAGCGGUUAACAAUUCAAAACAGUCUAUCACACAAAUGGCAAAAAGUACCCAAAAUGGCGGCUAAAAGUAAAGAGACAAUAAGUAGGUUUUGCGUAGGUCAAAAAAAUCAUAGUAAAUAGUGGCUUCAAAAGGGUCUGAGGAGAAGAAGUAGUUAGCUAAAUAGAAUACUUUUUUAUCAAACAAUCACAUCUGUUUUUAAUACAAGUGCAUAGUUUAGGUGAGAGGACCUGACCUAUAGUGAGUUACACCGUGAGACAAAGUGCAGAGGAGUUAGGGAGGUCCAGUGUGGAGUUUGGUUUUCAUUUUGUUUUGGGAUGAGUUUGGUUAAGCUCGCGUGUCUUUUCACUCAGCUGUGUGCACGAGAAUUUUGCAGAAUUCUUUAUGAUGUUCUCUAGAUUAUAUUUUCUGAUCCGAAGCUAUCCGCGCAUUUCAGAGUGAAGAAAAACUAAAUAUUCAGUCACUGGAAAUGCCAAAAAGUCUAAAACCAAUGACACAAUAAAUAGCAUUUGCACAUAGGUAUCGCAAACGUAAAUUUCAAUUCUUUCUUAGAUCAUACCUGGAUGACAGAGGGAUUACACAGGCAUGUUUGCGUAGGGAAAAAAAAUCAUUAGUAGCUUGAAAAAGAUGUGAUAAAUUGAGAGGAAACACACAGCCACAUAAGUCAUCCGAGGAGAAUCAAAGUGCUCGUCUUGAUCUGAUCACAUCUGUUUUGGAGAUGGCUGUAUUUCUAAAGUGAAAUAACCUGACACAUACUUGACUUCUCAUAAACUGUCUGUGUUUUCUGCCAAAGUAUGAAUCAUGUUUUAUGAUUAGCCAAAUGCUAAAAGUACUGUCCCUGUUAAAGUGCACGACAGGAGUACAGCCCCACAGCAAGAGAGAGACAUCGACUGUGCUCGUUGGAAAAGUUAUAUAGGAGGAGGAAAUACAAAAGUCAGUGGUCGAGUGUGAACGCAGUAGUGCUCAAGUUUUAGGCUCAGUUUUGUUGUUAAGGGAACGUAUUCAUGCUUCGUAGUGAUUUUCACACCACAAUGAUAAUGAAAAAACCUAUUUGUUCUGCUAGUUAAAAUAAUUUCUGUCAGAAGAAGUCAAAUGUUCUCAUAUAUAUGCACUUUUUCAGUAACAAUACUAGUUUUGAUGCUAGCUUUAGUGUCAGUUUCUAUAUUUUUUUAUUUUCUUUAACAACCGUAGAAUUAGUGAUGCAAGAUUAAUCGCAACAGAAACCGCAAUUCGAAUGGUCACAAUAAGAAAAUCGCAAAGACUGACAUUUUUUUUAACCACUAUCUUUUCUUCUGCAAACUUUGACCUCACCCUGUAGUUUAAACCUCUACAAACCCACUCUGAAACACACAUGAUUCUUGUUUUAGUUCAUCAAUUCAGAUUUCAGUCUUAUUAUGCUCCUCUGCGUCUUCAAAAUGUGAACUUUGAACAAAAUCUUUCUAUUAAAACGCUCGUCGCAAAAAAUCGCAAUUAGACGUUUUUCCCAAUUCCUGCAGCUGUACCUUGAAUGUAACUCAGUGCCAUAGAGUUUUGUAUAUAGCCACAGUGAGCCUAUAAGUGACCGUUCAAGUCAUAAAGUUAUCUCUGAAGGAAACAACCUACUUCCUAUCCCCCCACUCUGGUUUGACCACGCGUUGUGCGCCCAUUGCGACCUUUUCCACACUCUGUAGGUGUAACAUUAGAUUAUGGAAGCCUAAACAUUUACAGUAGUGCCUUGUAGUGUUGUCAGUAAGACUUUCCUACAACAAAGGCGGUGAGGCUUGUGCAGAAUUCACAUGAUAAGAAGACAAGAGGCUUAUUACCGUAUAUCACUUGUGUUUUACGACGCCGCUGCCUGGAGUGUCUUUACGCGUUACAACUCUCCCCAGUCUCCCCUAAAAUAUGAUUACAAAACGUAUUGACAUAUCGUUCUUCAAAGCGGAAUAGACUUGGUUUAUUUGUUUUUAUAAAAGUGCAUGUGGCCAAAUGAGCGUCUUUGUUUUAUUGUUGUUACUGUUGUAGUCCGUGUUGCUUAAAUGUGUACAGUUUAUCUGUUGUUACCGUGGGUCUCAUGAUACGAACACAACACAAACCAGUCAUGGCUAAGCUACAGUGUGACAGCAGUCUGAUGGUCAUGUCUCCUCCACCUUUUACCUCCCAUUUAGCUCCAGCCGUUUCCACACAGACGAUUGCACAAGUACUUUUGUUUUAUAGUAUUCCAGUUGUAUAGAUAGUGUGAACACGUUAAUGAUUGUACAAACAGUGGCCAUUUUUGUUCAUUCUAUCGAGGCAGUCACAAGCCACGCAUUCUCUUUGGGGAAAAAGAAGCUCCCAGGCUAUGUUAGCCUACAGGCCUGUAUGUGUGUGUGCAGGGAACAAGGGGCGCACCCCAGGCCUUCAUCUGUUCAUUUUCAACACAAUAUGCU